UCAGUAAUUCGGAGCUGGCAACCCUGCUGGAGGCUGUCAGCAGAGCAGCAGCAGCAGGAGGAGGGAGGCAGGAGGCUGGUCGGAGUGGAUUAAAUAUUGAUAGAGGUGUGUUAAGGCCACUCAAACCCGUAACAUCGACCCGUGACCACUCCCUGAGGGCCGCCAGCCGCUGUCACCCAGUACAUGAGGUGAGGAGACCCCUGGCUUGUGAGUGACGGCUGGGGGCUUUACCUGAAUUUACCUGUGGACCACUGACUCGAGUGGCCUCGACGAGGACUGCAAGCCAGCGGCUUGUUCAAGGAUACCAUGGUGUAUAACAUAAGAAUACGGAAAAGGCUAGUGCCUCGUACUUUUACGGACUUUAGUGCCAUGAUGUUCAUGUCAUUUGCCAUUCCAGCUGUAUAUUGGUUUGAGAUCUAUGUUGUGGCUCCCACCGUGUAUAACAGAGUUCUCAAUUUUCUCCAUACUAUUCUUGGAACGUAUUUCGUCAUUAACAUUAUUGGUAAUUUUAUGGCAAUUAUUGCUGUUGACACAUCGACACAAGGUUUACUACUGCCGUCACAGGUGCCUCCCGGGUGGCACGUGUGCGCUACAUGCGAAAGCACGGCACCACCCCGCUCCCGCCACUGCAUCACCUGUAACGUUUGUGUCUUGAAGAAGGAGCAUCACUGUGUCUUUGCUGGUUGUUGUGUGGGGCUCCGAAACCACAGAUAUUUUUAUAUAUUCCUCUUCCUUAUGUGGGUAUCAACACUGUACUGCUCUUGUUUGAAUGCCUUUUUCAUCUGGCCAUAUGUAGGUGGAUUCAACUUGUGGGCGAUGGUCCGUCUCAUGUUACCUGGCAUCUGGCUCGUGAUGGAACCAUCGAUGGGUACAUUGUUUGCCUUCCUCUUUUCCAUAAAUAUCAUUGGCUUUCUCUUCAUGACCGUCCUUAUGUACUACUAUACGGGACUGCUGGUGACAAACACAACCACUCGUGAAAUUAACGAUCAGAAAGGACAGAAAUAUGAUUAUGGCAGAGAGCAGAACAUUAAGGUGACUUUAGGAGAGCGGUGGUACUUGACAUGGGUGUUCCCUACACUCUCCUCCCCUUUGCCAUAUGAUGGCCUGGAAUGGUUUGUGGAGAGUGAAGAGAAAAGUGUACGGCCCAAGACCAAAUAAGUUGUCGUCGGUGUUAGUGAUUGUUCCUGCCACUCAAGUUAAUGCCAUUUUUUCAGACCAAAGGCAACUGUGGUUGGCAGGAGGUACAAAAUACCUAUUAAGUUUCACUCAUAUUUCUACAUGGUAAUUAGAUACUCUUUCACAUUAGAUACGCUUGAUUUGUAACUCGUAAAUAUGUAAUUAUAUAUUUUGUGCAAUACACUUGUCAGCAUCUUCAGUAGGCAAUGUUGGGGCUUAGGGAAUGAUAUAAGGGAUUGAUACCUGGUUGAUACCUGGUUGAUGUUCUUCUACUCCCCAAGCCCGGCCCGGGGCCAGACUUGACUUGUGAGUGUGUGGUCCACCAGGCUGUUGCUUGGAGAGGCCCGCAGGCCCACAUACCCACCACAGCCCGGUUGGUCCGGCACUCCUUGAAGGAAACAAUCUAGUUUCUAGGAUUGUAGUUUGUGUAUUGGCCAAUAAGUAAUGUUUUAGUUUCUAUUGGCAAUAAUGAGCCAGGUUUCCAUUGUUACAUAAAAAUUACACAAUGACAUGUAAUUUUUCUAUGUUGAAAAUUAUGUUGACAAGUAGCAAAAGGAUUGACAUUGCAUGACAAAAAGAAAGUUUGUGUUGGAAUAAUGUUGUUGCAUUAUUUUUGUCUUCUGAUAUCCUGUAUAUGGUUCACUGUCCAAUCAAUAACACUCUUUUAUCUCUAAAUAAUUGUUACAUAUUGCAAGUUUUGCAUCUAGUCACCAAAUAAAUGGCUGUUAUUUAAUAAAUUAGAUACUGUAUAUGUUACAUAGAAUUUUCACAAUGUAUCUAAACAUCCUUAGGAAAUUUUGUCAAGUCAAGAUUGGCGAAACAUUUAAACAUAGAACUAAGGAUGAGAUUCUGUUGUUAUCGUUUUGGUGUUGAAGAUAGUGAUUGAAGAAAUGAUUCAUGAUAAGCUGCUAAAACUAAUGUGUGUGUCUUAUGUGUUGGGGGGGGGGGGCAUAAUGUGUGCAGCUUGUAUAUUGAAUAAAUAAUCUGUUAUUGAAUGAGUACCACUUUCAGACCAACAGACCAACAUACCAACAUGCUGGAUUUCACUGAUACUGUACAGUACAGUGUUGAAUGACAGAAUAUCAAGAGCAAGAUUUCAUUACUGUAUAGGUGUGUGCUGUACUGGGAAUGUCAAACAAUAUAACAGUGUAUUGUACUACAAAUGUUAAGCAAUGGUACGAUACAUGACAGACAGUAUAGUGGGAAACUGUACUGGGAAUGUCAAGCACAGGUAUAGUAUUGUGGUGUAAUGUUGAGGUGUACUGAUGUAUCAGUAUUGAUGGUACACUGCAUUGGCCUAUUUUUGCAGUACACUAUCAAUACAAUUUCAGGCAGUAUUUUAAAUAAAUAAUAAUAAAAUAAAUGUUUAUUCAGGUAAAGUACAUACAUACAAGAGGUUUUACAAAAUUUGAUAGAUUUAUAGAUAGAGCUAGUACAUACAAUGCCUAAAGCUACUAUUACACAAAGCGUUUCGGGCAGAUACUACAUACAUUUUGAUACUACACAGGUGGGUACAGGAGCAGAUAACUUCUGACUUUUGUCUUCUGUCAGCAGACUUGGAACUCUCCAUCCCAGAGGUUAUCUUACCAGUUUUCUCUGGAACACAAUCUGCAAAUUGGCUUACAACCAGAUCCCCAGUUACUGGUUGGUGAACAUCAGUGAACUGUCAGCUUUCCCUUUCGAGAGGGAUGAACUGUGAGGAAAGACUGAAGGAAUUAAACAUCUCAUAACUGGAAUACAGAAAAGUUGGGGGAAAUGUAAUUACAAAAUAUACAAAUCCCAGAGAAAUUGAAAGGUCAGACAAGGACAUUAUUUUGAAUGGAUGGUACAUGAACAAGGGUACAUAAAUGGAAACUAAAGUACACAAAUUAGAAAAACACACACUAUAAGUUUUCAUUGUCAUGGGAACAAUUUUAAAUAAUGUAAAAUGAAGUGGUGGAGGCAGACUCUACAUUAGCUUCAAAUGUAGAUACAAUAGAGCUUGUUAGACACGGGAACCUGUACUGUACAUUUGUUGGUUGAAGGUUAAGAGGAAAACCGAGGAGCUGAAGCUUGAUCCAAGGAAGCACAAUUAGAUGAGUAUCAUAUAGGACUCAACCUGAAUGCCUCAGGGAAGAUAAUCCUGAAGGGGCAGGAGCACUGCAAGCUAGCUACCAGGAAAGAUAACCCUGGCCAGAAGAUAUGGAAUGAGCUGUCAAAACGGCACAUGCAAGGUUGGCGGCGCACAACACACUUGUGAAACAAAACACGGAACAAUAUCAGAAAAUGGCCUUGAAUAUAACUAAAAUAUUCCAGAGGUGGCCAACAGCACUUAACUGAAAAUUAAUCAAGGAUUUCACAGAGCAAUGUGUCCUCUGGUCACAGCACCUGGCUUUUGAAAGCUGGCUGGCUGGCUGGUCCAGACCCUGGGCUGCAUGUGCUGCCAACUGGUGGCAGGCAAGUGCAUUUAAGCAGUGAUUUAGUCAUAUGCGUGUUUGCCUUGUUAUCAUCAGUUACAAAUUUUUCCCAGCAGUUGCUUGUUUUGGAGCUGCUAUUUCCUUUCUGGUGGUAUUUUCUUGGUGUGCUCUGAUCCUCAAGCUCCUCAUUGAAUCUUUAAGGAGGCUAGAUAUUAGUCGUGUUGUGUGUGGCUAUUGUAUGUUCACAAAGGUUGGGCCAUUACCAAGUUGUAACUUCAGAGAGCGAUUGAGUGGCCAACCAGAAAGAGGAGGCAUUUCAUUACGUUAAACAAUUAAACACUGGAGUUUUAUUUGAGUGUUACUAAUCAGUCACCUCUGCUGGGGAGCCCAAUUAAAACAGUUUCAUUUAGUGGACUCAACAGAAAGUUAUGUUAUGAAUAUUACUCUAAGUUCCGAUAACUUUUAAUGUCUAAAAAUCGAUUAAGUAUUGUUAUAGGAGUACCAGUCCAUUCUAUAGAAUUUGAGUAUCCAAAUCAGUAAAAAUAUAAAAUAUUGGUAUCAGUACACCCAUAAUGCACCAUACUGAGACUGUCAAGCUGGGUAGAGUAUUCUGUAUUCUGUACUGUGAAAGUCAAUCAGAGAUACAGUAGUUGACUGUAUUUUGUAAAGUGGUGUACAGGGUAUUGUUCUAAGAAUAAAGAGCUGUAAAGCUCUCAAUUUUCAUUGAGUAAUUAAAAUUUGGAUUGUGUGUGUGAGCUGCUUACUUUGUGAUGUUCAUGCCUUUGAAAUGUCAAACUUCCUUCGGCCAAGGAGGUGCCAUUUCUGAUGCUGUAAUAGGAUUUAAUCUUCUUAUGAUUACAUUCCCAUAAAUUUUUGACUCCCAAAGAACUUUGACUAAACAGGUAGAAAGCAUUUAUAGUUGUAUACUGUAUUGGUAAAAAAUAACGGAACCGUUUUAUGAGUAUCAAAUAUACAAGUUCAGUGUUUUUAUACCUGAAAUGGUUCAGUGUUUAACAUUAUUAAAUUUACAAAGGCAGUGCAUAAAUUAGACGAAUAUAGUGUUUGAAAUCACUUUGUAUUAAACACAAUAUAAAUACUGUACUGAAGUGUUAAGAUUUUAAUAGAUUAUAUGUUGUUUAGCCCACAUACAUUUAGACUAGUCAUUGUUGCCAAUUUAUAAUUAUUGCAGUUUGUAAAUAAACAUAAAGUGUAGACUUACACUAAUGUAACA